CCGUUUGCUUGGCCGUAUCCCCAAAGAUUUGAGAGAUUGCACAAGCUUAAUCAGAGUCCGCCUCAACAAAAACCACUUCAUUGGAAAUAUUUCUGAAGAUUUUGGCAUCUAUCCAAAUCUAAGGUUGAUAGAUCUUAGCCACAACAAAUUUUAUGGUGAAAUCACACCUACCUGGGGAAAGUGCUCACUGUUAGGCACUUUAAAUAUUUCGGCGAAUAAUAUUACUGGGAGCAUCUUGCCUGAGAUUCAGAACUCAAUCGAACUACAUCAACUUGAUCUUUCUUCAAAUCAUUUAAUUGGAGAGAUUCCAGUGGAACUUGGAAAGUUGACUUCUCUUAACAAGCUUAUUUUAACUGGGAAUCAACUUUCUGGAGGCAUACCUCAUUAAGUUGGCUUACUCAAAGAACUUGAGUACCUUGACUUGUCCACAAAUAGAUUAAGCAAGUCAAUCCCUGGGGAUUUAGGGUGCUUGUCAAAAUUGCACUACUUGAAUUUGAGAGACAAUCAGUUUAACCUCGAAAUUCCAUUCCAAUUGGGGAAUUUGUUUCAACUGUCAGAACUAGAUUUGAGUCAUAACUUACUCAAUGGAGAGAUACCGUCUCAGAUAUGUAAUUUGAAGAGUUUGGAGAAACUAAAUAUUUCCUAUAAUAACCUCUCUGGUUUAAUUCCAAGUUGUUUUGAAGAUAUGCAUGGCUUGUCAAGUAUUGACAUAUCUUAUAAUGAGUUACAAGGUCCAAUUCCCAACAACAAAGCAUUUCGAGAUGCUCCUAUUGAAGCAUUACAAGGGAAUAAAGGAUUGUGUGGUAAUGCUAGUGCAUUGACACCUUGUAAGGCUCUCAUAUCACACACACGUGUCAUAAGAAAGAGGUUGGUAAUCUCCUUUGUUGUUUCAGGAGCACUUGUUCUUUUAACUGUGGUGACUUUAAUGUUCUUUUGUUUCCGAAGAAAAAAGCAAGAGUUACCGAAACAACAUAGAAGUGUGAACAAGGAUGAAAUUCUUUCGGUAUUAACUUUUGAUGGAAAAGCAAUGUACAAAGAAAUCGUGAGUGCAACAGAGAAUUUUGAUACCAAGUAUUGCAUUGGGACAGGUGGAUUUGGAAGUGUUUACAAAGCACAACUUCUAUCAGGGAUUAUUUUGGCAAUAAAGAAAUUUCAUUCCCUUCAGCCUGAUGAGAUAGAAGACCAGAAAGAGUUUUUAACUGAAAUAAGGGCAUUGACAGAGGUACGACAUCGAAAUAUUGUGAAAUUUUUUGGUUUUUGUGUACAUUCUAAAGACUCCUUUUUAGUUUAUGAGUAUCUUGAAAAAGGUAGCUUGACCACAUUCUUGAGUAAUGAAGCUACAGCAAGAGAAUUGGAUUGGGGUAAGAGAGUAAAUAUUUUGAAAGGUGUGUGUAAUGCCUUGUCCUACAUACACCACGAGUGCUUCCCACCAAUAGUUCAUCGAGACAUAUCGAGCAAAAAUGUGUUGUUGGAUUCAGAAUAUGAAGCUCAUGUUUCAGACUUUGGAAUUGCCAAAUUUCUUAAACCAAACUCAUCCAAUUGGACACAACUUGCAGGCACAUAUGGAUAUAUUGCACCAGAACUUGCUUACACAAUGAAGGUAACUGAAAAAUGUGAUGUAUAUAGUUUUGGAGUGUUAGCAUUGGAAGUGAUCAAUGGAAAGCAUCCGGGUGAUAUCAUUCCUACUUUAUCCUCUCCUUUCACUUGGGAGAACUUUUUGUUGAACAAUGUUUUGGACGAACGCCUUCCACUUCCUCCACCUACUAUUCAAGAUCAACUGAUAGCAAUCGUAAAGCUAGCAAUUGAUUGCUUGAAUUCCAAUUCAAAAUCCAGGCCAACCAUGAAUAGGGUUUCUCAUAUGUUUUCAGCUGCAACAGAUCUUCCCUAGGUGCCUUCAAACAAUCUAACCAGGACAAUAGAUUGUGCGUAGAAUGUCUUCAAGCUUGCAACAGAAUAAAAUAAUGUGUCAUUUUUCUUUUGGUUAAUUGUAUGGAUUUAGUUUCUUAGGCAUGCAUAUUUUGUUUUCGUUUUAAUCUUUAUGUAUUAGCAUGCUGUCAAGAGGUAAGGCUCAUUACGUCCCCCUCUUUAGGUGUACUUGAUUUCUUUUUUGUUUAAUAAAAUUCCCUCA